AUGCCAAAUUUUCGAGCUGGGAUGAAAAGUGCCCAACAGGCAUUGUUAGGCUUAUGGGCGAUACUUCUUUGCCUUUUAUGCAACUUCCCUUUGUUCCGUUCAGUUUUGUACAUAAAGGCGGAAAUCAUAUGGCGCUUGAAUGAUCGAGCAAUAGUAUCGGAUGAAUCGGUCGUUUUGUUAAAUAAUAACCAAACACUAUGGGUGAAUCGUGCCAGUGAUAAAUUUGGUGGUCGUUACACAUGUCACGCUAGAAACAAAGUCGGUUACGCCACUCGAGACUUCCUCGUUCAACUGACCGCCCCUCCGGUUCUCGAUAGCGGCUCACAACAUUUGGAUAUAAAUGUUGGUGACUUCACUGUUUUAACAUGCGAGAUCGUUAGCGGUACUGGAACUCUAUCGGUAAAGUGGCUAGUGGAUGGUAAAGCUGUUCGAAACGGACCAGUCAGUCCCACAGUUACGGUACGGAAAGAGGAGAAUGAGUGUAUUUCUGUGAGUGUGUUAUUCACUGAUGUUUGUUUAACUGGGCAACUGGUAACUUUUGAACUGUCCAUAUUCUGCGGUGGGACUGAGUGA